AUGGCCCAGUCCCCCUUUGACACCCCAUUUGAUCAACUUCCCAAUCCUAGACAGGUCUGGCUGGGAAAGCCUGGUAGUCAUGAGGAGGGUCUGGGGAAGCUAGCUAUUCUGACCCCUGAGGUCGUCGCCGCUGCUUCCGCUAGCGAGAUAAGAUGUGGUCGCCGCGUGACAAUGGGAUGGGAGAUGACAAAAUUGGACUAUCCUAAUCUCAACCGUCAGCCUUGUCAUCAUCAGAUUGUGCCUCUCCUGGGAGGGGUAGCAUUUGAUGAUAUAUAUACUAUGAAUCCCCAGCAAAGCAGUCAGUGGGAUGGCCUCCGUCAUUUCUCUCAGACGGUUCCUGGUCAAUCUGAACGAGUGUUCUAUGGUGGAACAACCAGUAAAGAGAUAAAUGAUCGCCAGAAUAAUCGAAUCGGUCUCCAGCAUUGGGCCCGAGAGGGUAUUGCAGGACGUGGGGUCUUGAUCGAUUAUGCAUCAUGGGCAGAGAAGAAGGGUAUCAAAUAUACCACGUUCUCGACCCACCAAGUCCGGCUUGCCGAUAUCCUCGAAAUUGCCCAAGGUAACAAUAUCACUUUUAAAAAGGGUGAUAUUCUGUUCGUCCGUGUAGGAGUGACCAAAGAAUGGGACACGUCGAUGACAGAUGCCCAAAAGCAAGCUUAUUCGGAUAAUCCCAGCCCAGAGCAUGCUGGGGUUGAAGCGACCACAGAAGUCCUUCGCUGGCUGUGGGACACAGGAUUCGCCGCCAUUGCCGGUGACGCUAUCAGUUGGGAGGUCUAUCCGCCUCAAUCUCCCGAUAUAUUCCUCCACGAGUAUGUGCUUGCUGGAUGGGGCAUGCCUAUCGGGGAACUGUUUGACCUCGAGGCGCUGGCACGCACCUGCCAGGAACUCCAACGGUGGAGCUUUUUCGUGGCAUCUGUACCUUUGAACAUGCCCGGUGGAGUCUCUUCGCCUCCAAAUGUGAUGGCUAUUUUCUAG